UGAGCUCAGAGAGACAGAGAGAGAGAGAGAUCGGCGAGUCGACUAUUCUCAUUCUUCGCAAUUUCAAAACCCUCCGAAGAAGUUUCUCCAUCAGAAAAUGUCAGUCGAGGAAGACGCCACCGUCAGGGAGCCAUUGGAUCUGAUUCGUCUGAGUAUCGAAGAGAGAAUCUAUGUCAAGCUCCGGUCUGACCGUGAACUCCGCGGCAAGCUUCACGCUUUUGAUCAGCAUUUGAAUAUGAUUCUGGGUGAUGUUGAAGAGGUUAUUACGACUAUAGAAAUCGACGACGAGACAUACGAAGAGAUCGUUCGGACAACGAAGCGAACAGUUCCAUUUCUGUUCGUGAGAGGAGAUGGAGUGAUAUUGGUGGCGCCGCCUCUGAGGACGACCUAACUGUUCUUUUGGUACUGGGAUCUGAGUUAACAAAUCCGGAGCUGAGUAGAAGCACUUUUUCUGAUUACUUAGCUCUUGACUUGUAAUUGUGUGCUAUGUUUUCUUUGUUGUCAAACAUUUAAACCGAAUUCGAAUUCUGGUAACGGGCGCUUCGUUAUAGUAGAAGCAGUGUAACAUACUUCGUAAUGUCGACUUUCUUACCGUGGUUUUAGUUUCAUUUUCGGGUUUGAUGUUUUUUUUC